GCGUUCACCUGCCGAGCUGGGGCGGGGCGCAGAGGUGCCUUCGCUGCUGCCACCACCGGGAGCUAGUCGGGACUGUACCAGGCUCUGGAAAACCGAGGUCCCCAGCUAGGGAUCCUUCACCUGCAAGCUACGACCGUGCAGCCACCAUGGCGCUCCUGCUGUGCUUCGUGCUCCUGUGCGGGGUUGCGGAUGUGAGCAGAGGUUUGAGCAUCACUACUCCUGAACAGAGUAUCGAAAAGGCUAAAGGAGAAACUGCUUAUCUACCAUGCAAGUUUACACUUAGUCCCGAAGACCAGGGACCACUGGACAUCGAGUGGCUGCUGUCUCCAUCUGAUAACCAGAAGGUGGACCAAGUGAUUAUUUUGUAUUCUGGAGACAAAAUUUAUGAUAACUACUAUCCAGAUCUGAAAGGACGAGUACAUUUUACGAGUAAUGAUGUCACGUCUGGCGAUGCGUCUAUAAAUGUAACGAAUCUGCAGUUAUCUGAUAUUGGCACAUAUCAGUGCAAAGUGAAGAAAGCUCCUGGGGUUGCAAAUAAGAAAUUUCUGCUGACAGUUCUUGUUAAGCCUUCGGGUACGAGAUGUUUUGUGGAUGGAUCUGAAGAGAUUGGAAAUGACUUCAAAUUAAAAUGUGAACCCAAAGAAGGUUCACUUCCAUUGCGAUAUGAAUGGCAGAAAUUGUCAGACUCCCAGAAGAUGCCUACUCCAUGGUUAGCAGAAAUGACUUCACCAGUUAUAUCUGUGAAAAAUGCCAGUUCUGAGUAUUCUGGAACAUACAGUUGCACAGUCCAAAAUAGAGUGGGCUCUGACCAGUGUAUGCUGCGUCUGGACGUCGUCCCUCCUUCAAACCGAGCUGGGACAAUUGCAGGGGCUAUCAUAGGGACGCUGCUGGCUCUUGUGUUCAUUGGUGCCAUCCUCUUCUGCUGUCACAGAAAACGCAGAGAAGAGAAGUAUGAGAAGGAAGUUCAUCACGAUAUCAGGGAAGAUGUGCCGCCUCCGAAGAGUCGGACAUCCACUGCCAGGAGCUACAUUGGCAGCAACCACUCCUCCCUGGGAUCCAUGUCCCCUUCCAACAUGGAAGGGUAUUCCAAGACUCAGUAUAACCAAGUGCCCAGUGAAGACUUUGAACGAGUUCCUCCUCAGAGUCCUACUCUGGCACCGGCUAAGGUAGCUGCCCCUAAUCUAAGUCGAAUGGGAGCGGUUCCGGUGAUGAUUCCAGCGCAAAGCAAGGAUGGGUCUAUAGUAUAGAAUUCUGCAUCUCUGUUUUCUAUUGUUUUCCAUGGUUCGUUUCUUCUCUUUAUUCUAGUCUAAAUUUUGCUAACAGCAGCCCCAAAAUGUAUGUGUGUGCGCAUCACACACACACAAAGAAGUUAUUGAGAAACCUUAUAUAAGGAAGGAACAUGCACCACAAUUUUUUUUUUUUUUUUUUUUUUUUUUUUUGGAUUAUAGUGAAACAGUAAAGGCUUAAUAGUAAUGGCAUUGAUCAUUUGGAGAAGACGAGUUUUCUUAAUAAGUUGAUUUCAAUGGCACUUUGAAUAUGAUGUCAUAGGUGAAGAAAUUUGUGAAUUUACAGACAUACCAAAAUGAUAAUCUAGUUAUGAACAACAGUAUCCCCCAAAUUUAAGAAACAUCCAUGGAAAAAUGACAAUGUUUGAAUUUGUUUUUAUAAGUCUCUCAGAGAAUUCUAAGUGUGUUUAGGAUAUCUCUAAGAGUAGGAGACACUACAGUGUUUUAGAAAUGACUAGCUUCCUUUCUAAGUCAUUCAUGAAUGUUAUGAGAUAAUUUCUUUCUUUUAUUUUUGUGUUCUGUUUUGAGAUAGGGUCUUAGUGGGUAGCUUAGGCUGGCCUCGAAUCAUGAUCCUUCUGCUUUAGCUUCUUGAAUGCUGGGAUUCCAAGUCUGUAUUACUAUACUGGCUGUAGAACAGUUUCUUAAGUAUUUCACUGAUAGACUGCAGAGGCAACAGGAAGUAAUAGCCUUUAUGUGCUAUGGAAAAGGAGCACAUUUGAGAUUUAGCAGAAGCAUUUGCUUCUCCAUACAGAGAUGAAACCCCUGAUUAUGUCCAGUACCCCGGGGGCCUAUGGGUGAAACCCUUGAUUAUGUCAGUGCCUUGGGGCCUGUGGGUGAAACCCUUAAUUAUGUCCAGUGCCUCGAGGCCUGUGGACAUCUGCAAAGCUGACCAGACAGAUGACGGUGCAGGAUUUGUCAGUCCAAGCUAAACACUAACCUUCCGUGUUCGGUGAUGUUUUUGCAAUGAAAAAGAAAGUAAAGAAAGACAACAAAAAAAAGUUAUCAUCUGGCAGUUAUAGAUGAGAAUUCUCAAAUUAUUGAUUUUUAAAUUUGUAUUUUUGUUUUGUGAUCUACCGUACUUCACAUUUUAUGUUGUAGAAACAUGUGAUGCAGGCUUAUUAUCUGGAGUACAGUUCUGGAGGUUAUUUUCCUCCAAGACUCAGUGAACAAAUAUACUUGAGGCAAGUUAAGUGUUUUUAUCAGCCCUAAAUUCCAGACUUGGGGCAAUAUGCUUGCUGUCCUGUGGCCAGACCUGCCUCUAGAAUUCUCACAAAUCAAAUUUGAUUUUAGUUUUGUGAAGUGACAUACUUUUAAAAGAAAUUUUAAAAAGGAGUAAAGGGAAAUACUCCUACCUGCCAAAUGUAUUAAAUAUAGUUUUUGUAGAAGAAAAAAGUGAAUUUAUUGUAUUUCCCUUAAGAUUGUGAGGGAGUGUGUGUAGAUUAUAAUGAGCCAGCAGUUUCUUUAUAGUAGAUAUGGUCUGUAAUAAAAGAUUCCAUUAACUUCAAAACCUUUCCCCCAGGGAAUCGUUUUCUGUUCAUCUCUUCAGGUGCUGCGCUGGUAAAUGCUACAUUAUUGUAAAUUAAUGUUGGCAUGCAUUUACAAUUAGGCAGAGUAUUGUGUAUACUUUAUAAUGGUGAAUUUAAGCUGAAUGUCCAUGCAAUGGAUUAGUGUACAGUUUUACAUAUUUGGAAGCAUUUUGUAAAAUAGGUUCUAACCUCACAUAAAAUUACCUUUUAUAUUUGUGUUAAUGUUUUCAUCUGUGCCUUUUUGGGUCAUUUGAUUUCUACUAGGACUUUUUGGUGCCUAUGAGCUGGCUAUCACCUACCUGGGAGGUGCUUAGAGGUGAAGGUACUAUUUCCAAAAGCACAUCCCUGUGACUCUUCCUACCCUUAAGAGUCUCAAUCUUGCCUCUUCUCCUCUGCUCUCUUUUUGAUGUCACUUAAGUGACGCCAUUGUGUAUAAAGAUUAAAAAAAAAUAAUCACGCCCCCAGUACUCUUUGACCGUGUUUCUGAUUUAUAACCAUAGCCAUGUUUUAUGGUCAGAUUUUUGACAUUUUUACAAGAUAAUACAAGAAAAUUUAAAAUGUAAAUUUUAAUUUUUUUUUACAUAAUUAAGAUUAUGCUAGGUAGAAAUCACUUAGGUGUAUGUAUAUGAUCUUCCUUUCCUCAUACUUGGUAUUUAUUUAAAGGCAAACAAAACGUAGAGUAUCUGAGUAUUUCAGUCCAGAUCUGCAGUAACUAUAACUGAAAGUCAAGCUUGUUUAAAAAAAAAAACAAAACAACAAAAAAAUUGAAAAAUAGAAAAGGACCUAUAGGACAUAGAAUUAGAGCUACAGUUAAAUUUUCAGCUUUGGUAUGUAGUAUUCUCAUUGUAAGUUUCAGUUCUACCCAAAAGCUCAGACAAGUACUAGUAGUUUCCCAAACAGUUCUCAUUGCUGAUUUUAAUUAAAUCAGGGAGCAGGUAUUUGUUCUAGAAUUAAUACUUGUUGUGUUCAGCAGUUAACAACUUUAUUAUUGCAUUUUAACUAGAGCACUAGUAACAGUCAGGGCCAGGACUGUGUCUUCAGAGCAGACAGACCUCUCUAUUCUACUUUAUACUAGACAGACUUAGAACCCUAUUUUAAUGUUACAUGGGGUAAUCUGGAGAGAAAUGACACUGGGUUACAUACAUUACACAGAAACUUAUGAGUAUGAUAACAAGGCUCACAAGUCUUGUAUUGAUUUCCCUGACAAGUUACAUAUAGAAAAGCAUUUCCUUAAGUUUGAGUUAUCAGCUAAGGAUUUAUUAGAAUGUUAACACAGCUUGAGUGUGUUUAGGGGGAAAGAUUCCUGUAGAUUAUGGAAAUGCCUAAUUUCUGGUACAUGUGAUUGUACACAUCUUUGAUCUCAGAACUCUAGAGGUGCAGGAAGAUCUUAGAUUUGAGGCCAGUAACCAGUUCAAAGCAAGCCUGAGCCACACUGAGAGACCUAACACUUGGGGUUGAACUCAGUGUCCAAGGGUUUUGUCUUGAAUAGGCAGACUGAGGUUUGAGUCUGAAUUCUUUAAAGAAAUGAAUUUCAGAUUGAGUCCUGGGGAUUUAGAAUUUAAGUGAAGAGGCAAGUAAACCUUGAUUAAAAAGAACUCACUGCAUGGAGUUGGCUACUUAAUGUGUGACUUAUUAAAUACUGUCUCUGUGUAAGCAGCAUGUGAAUUUGAAGCUAUGUGAAUGUUGUUCAUAGGUUUUUGUUUCUUCUGAACUUUGUUUCAACUGUGUUUAGAGUGCUCUCAGUUGCCUUAUUUCAGUGAACAGAAAAAGUCCAUAUUUUAUGUGGUGGACGCUUUAAACAUGUCACUUGCAGAAUAGUGUGUAGAAAAAUGCUGGCACGAUAUUAGGUGGUUUGUGACAUUAUAUAUUAUAUAUGUACAUAUUUCUCCACAGCAUCCUUGUGUUUUGUAGUAUAAAUCUUCUGGGCAAGUUUUAAUAUCUCAAAUGCCGCUGGAUAUUCCAGCAAUAAAGGCAACAUGCUCUGCAAUAGAAUUUUGUAUUUGCCUACCUUGACACUACCAUAACGUAUAUUUAUUUGAGCAAGACUCCAUUUGGAAAUAUUACAGAAAGAAGGAAAGAUAAUAUGUAAAUUUGUGAAUUGUGGGGAGUUCUCCUUCUAGAAGGCCAGCCAUUUACUUUCCGGAAUUUGACUCUAAACCCUAAGAUCAAGCUUACAAAAUAUAUGUCUGAGUUUGUAGUUUGUAAUCUAGAUGCCAUCAGCUGGGUUGGUGUGAGGACACCCAAGACUCUGCUAAGGACCAGCUCUGUGGCUUCUGCUCAUUUGUUGAACUAUACAGGUGUCAAGAGGACCCCAAUUCACUGAUUGACUUAUGCUUGUCCCUAACUGUGAAUUUUGGCAAUAAAUCCAGUUGUACCAAGAAUACUAAUUUGACACCCCACAUUUGCAGAGUAGAGUAUGGGUAGUGUCAUUUUCAGAUUUUUGUCUUUCAAAUUUCUGGCUUCCAUAUCCAAUGAUGCAGAUUUAAAAGUUUGUAAGAACAAUUUUGUUUAAAACCAGGAACUUGCUCUUAGUUUUGUGACCUUGUGUACUUUUGAAAUAAAAUGAAGAAAGUA